UAUAUUAUAACGAAGUACCUUAAUUUAUCGCAGCUCAUGUUUGUGUGCUUAUAAGAACCUAAUUCUUAUAUUUUCGUGAUUAUUUAUUCUUAGUAAUAUUUAUAAUAAAUAAUAGGUUAGAUUCGAGAUGUUUCUGUUAAUAUUGCUGUGGACGUUGAUAUUUCUAUUUUGGAUGUGCUUGAAAAGAGAUACAAAUAAAGAUGAGCCACCAACAUUGGUUAAUUUAGACUGGAGAAAACUAUACCGUCUUACAGAAGACACUGAAGGUUUCUGGAGUCUCAUAAAAGAAAUAAGCAGAGAGUGUCAAAAACAAGAUGGAGUUAUAAAAGUGACUAUAGGCCCUAAAACCUUAUAUGUUCUAACAGACCCUGAAGAUAGUUUGACUGUGUCAAAUGCGUGCUUACAUAAGGAUCGUGUUUAUGACUUCGCAAAAAACUGGAUUGGAAAUGGCCUCAUCACUGCGUCUUUGCCUAUUUGGAAAAUACAUCGAAGAGUAUUAGAUCCACUAUUCAGUACUCGUAUAUUGAAUAACUUUAUGGAGGUAUUCAACAGUCUUUCUCGUGUUCUUAUCAAAAAUCUAGAAGUAGAAGUUGACAAAGGCCCCUUUGAUCCCUAUUAUUAUUCAAGACGGCAUUCUCUGGAAUUAAUAUGUACGACUACUUUUGGAACGAAGUUAAUGGACAACAUUGAAUGCAAAAAUAAAUACAUGGAGAAGGUAGAAAAGAUAAUGAAUGUAAUAACAUCUAGAAUACAGGUUAUUUUGUUACAUAAUAAUUUUUUGUACAGUUUUUCAAGUUUAAAGAAGAAAGAAGAUGAAUAUGUUGAGACACUGAGUAAUAUUACAAGCACAGUUCUCAAUGAAAUCAAAACAAGCUUUAAAGCAGAAAAGUCUUUGAAUACGGAUGAAGAGAAAAAAAAAGGUUUCGAAUUUGAACCAUUUGCUGAAACUAUUUUGAAAAUUAGUGAGAAUAAUACGCAAUUCACUGAUCAGGAUAUAAGACAACAUGUAGACACAUUUAUUGCAGCUGGUGAAGACACUUCCGCCGGGGUUAUUAUGUUAUGUUUGAUAACCGUGGGUUCUUAUCCACAAGUGCAAAAAGAGAUACACAAAGAGUUAAAACAGAUUUUCGGUGAUGAAGACAGAGAUGUGACGAGAGAAGACCUUUCAAAACUAGUUUACUUAGAGGCAGUAAUAAAAGAGACAAUGCGUUUUUACCCAAUAGUACCCAUCAUAGCAAGAGAUCUGGAUAAAGACAUCAAAUUAAGUAACUGCACUUUAUCAAAAGGUCGUUCUGCAGUUUUAUCGAUCUAUGGAAUACAUCGACAUCCAAUGUGGGGUCCAGACGCUGAUGAGUUUAGACCGGAACGAUGGCUUGACCUUCCAUUAAAUUAUCAAAAGUAUUUUGCUGCUUUUAGUUUGGGUCGCAGAAUUUGUAUAGGAAAAACCAUGGCAAUCGCAUCGCUGAAAGUUACUAUGGCUCACAUAUUUCGAAACUACAUAAUUCAUGGCGAACACACAAAUAUGAAAUUAAAGUUUGAACUUACUCUGAAAGCUGUUUCUGGACAUCAUAUUUCCAUUGGGAGAAGAAUCAAAAAUAAACCAUAAUUAUUGCAACCAACAAUCCGAUGCACCCUUAUAGAUAAAAACAAAAUUACUUAAAUCGUCCCGGUAGUAUUCGAGAAAUCAGGAAAUAUACAUAAUUAAAAGAUUUCGACGAAUUGAGAACCGCCUUCUCUUUUGACGUUGGUUAAUAUCAAAAUGACUAAAUAUGUCAUCCAACAAAGAACAUCACACAUAAUACACCUUAAGUAAUACCAUUACUUAAUGUGUAUUAGGUAUGCCUACAUAUUUUAAGUAUUUUCUUCAACUUUCUCAGAAUUUCAUAAUGAGGUCUUGUUGUAAUUGGACCAUCUGGGAAGUCUACCCUUAUAAAUAAAUAAAUCGAGAUUGGUUGGCGUUGAAGUUUCCAGGUCAUUUGUUUCACACACAUUUAAUGCUAAUUUAAGACUUAUAUGGUUUUCUCAUGGUUGCCAUUGUCAGAACUGGAUUAAAUUGAAAUUGGACCAAAUGCAUCAGCACCAGCUUUCAAAUUAAAAAAAAAAACAUUAAUAUCGCUUCAGAAGUCGAAAGUUCACAAACAAAACAAACAUUAAAACAAAAUACAAACGAAUUAAUUAGCUUUUCCUGUUUUGAAAUAGCUGGAAAAUUAUAAAGUUUCAAUGUUUUUAAAUUAAAAAUAAAAUUCCAAAUCACAAUUUGAUCUUAACAUUAUAUUUGCUAGAUUAUGUAAUCUAUUUUCUGCUUCCAACUUUUAUACUCGUACACUGAAUACCACACACAGAGAUUCUUAAUCUAAAAAUCAUACUUAUAAUUACAUAUAUACUUAUAUUAAAGUAUCUGGAACAUUUAGAUGAUUCUUGUAAAUUUUUCAAGACCCAAGUAGUUGCAGCUAUAAGAAAUAACAACCAUACAAACAAUUUCCUGAUUAUAUUUAUUA